AUGAGGUAUAAGAACACUACGAGUGUUGUUAUCAACUAUGCGGCACCUUUUGUUUGGACUGCUAAAAUUGUAGAUAAGAAAAGUAACGUUCUUUUGCAAACCGUAUGUAAAGAAGGAGGUUUAGGAGAUGUCACUUGGGUAGAGGCUGUGGAGCAUGGAUCAAACAUCAUCCAAACAGAAAAUAAUGUAGCAGAAGAUGUAGGUGCAAACGAUGAAGAGGGAAAAGAAGAAAGAAUUACGGAAACGCACAAUGAAAACCACAAAUUCAGACAUGAAAAAAUGAAAGCAAACUCAAGCACUUUAUUUUUUUUUAUUGAGUAUGCUGAAGCAUCACAAAUAAGAUUAGAAUUUGAGAAACAAACAAAAAAUUUUGAGAUUUUGGAGGCGAAGGUAGAAAAUAUGGGAAAACAACUUGAAGGUUUUGAAAUAAUGUGCUUAAAGUUUGAACUUUUGGAACAGGAAAUGACACUACUAAGAGAGAAGUUAAAGACUAAUAAAUGUAUUAAAGUACCUCACUUAAAAGAUGAAGACAUUUCUACAGACGGCUUUUUUGUGGACAUAAAUGGUGUAAGAAACAAAAUAGUUGAAUCAGAUGAAGAGAGCACGGUAGAUAGAAGAAUCCCCAUGACGAAUAUUCGAAAUGCACAACCUCAAGAAGCUUCGCUAGUAAAGAUAAUUAAGCCCACUGUUCAGAAAAAAAUUGGCAAGACUUUAAAGAUUAUGGGAGUAGACCAAACUAAGAUUGUGCGAGAUAAAAGCCCAAGACUGAUGACACUGGAGCCGGCUCUACAAGCACCAUUUCAAAGUAACAACAAACAAGUUGACAAGCCUAAUGCUGUGAGGGGAUGU